UGGUGUGUUAGAACACAGAGCAAGUGGGACUGUUAAUGUGUGUCACACGGCAAAAGAGGAAGGGAGAACAUUUCCAAUGAAGUUUAAACACCUAAUUGGAGCUACAACGUAUUUUUAUCCAAAAAAGGAAUACUUUUAGAUUUAUGGGAGACCAGGAGAACAUUUGGAGCAGCCCAUAGAUCAUGGAGAAUGUGAGCACGCCUGCCUCGUUCAACCUAUCGGACCUACCAGUGGAGAUGAACUCGUCGUCUCACCAGUGGUCUUACUCGGAGUACAACGAGGCUGAGGCAGUGCUGCUGGGCAUCAUCAUGGCCCUGCUGGUAUUGGGCAUCGUCUUUGGCAACGUGCUGGUCAUCACUGCCAUCGUGCGCUUCCAGCGGCUGCAGACAGUCACCAACAUGUUCAUCACUUCUCUGGCCUGUGCUGAUCUGGUCAUGGGCUUGCUGGUGGUGCCCUUCGGCGCCUGCUACAUCCUCCUCAACACCUGGCACUUUGGCAGCUUCCUGUGCGAGUUCUGGACGGCGGCAGACGUCUUGUGUGUGACGGCUAGCAUCGAGACGCUGUGUGUGAUCGCGCUGGACCGUUAUCUGGCCAUCACAUCGCCGCUGCGCUACCCGUCCCUGCUGACCAAGCGCAAGGCGUGCGUGGUGGUUGUGACGGUGUGGGGCGUGGCCGCCCUAAUCUCCUUCCUGCCAAUCCACAUGAAAUGGUGGGUGUCUGACGAGCCCGAGGCGCUCAGCUGCCUGGAGAACGCCCACUGCUGUGACUUCAACACCAACGCUGCCUACGCCGUUGCCUCCUCCGUCGUCUCCUUCUACAUCCCCCUGGCGGUCAUGGUCUUCGUCUACGGACGCGUCUUCCAGGAGGCCAGGAAGCAGCUGCAGAAGAUCCGCGGCAGCGAGGGACGGUUCCACGCCCAGAUGAUCAACAACAACAAGGGGCAGGAUGGUGGGGGAGGGGGGAACGGGAAGAGGCCAAAGUUCUGUCUGAAGGAACACAAAGCCCUGAAGACGUUGGGGAUCAUCAUGGGAACCUUUACUCUCUGCUGGCUGCCAUUCUUCGUGCUCAAUGUGGCGGUGACCAUCUGGAAGGUGGACAACAUUAAAAUGCCAUUCAGGAUAUUGAACUGGAUAGGAUACGCCAACUCAGCCUUCAACCCCCUCAUAUACUGCAGGAGCCCUGAGUUCAGGUACGCCUUCCAAGAGAUUCUGUGCCUAAGAGGGACUGCUUUCCCCACUAAUGAAUACAUAUACAGAGGACACAGCUUGCAGGUUAGCCCUAAGGAUAAGCCAGGCAGCUCUAUACAUGAUACUGGGACCAUGGAGCUGAGUACUGGCUCCCGGUCUAGUGUCACCAACACAAACAGGAAUUGCAAUAAACCUUCACUUGCCUCCAUUGUCUGAAGCGCAGGGUGUUACCAGGAGACUGGUCUUUCUCAUUUAGUCAGACCUGGUGAGCAGACAUGGGAUAGGAAAUUACAUGUGAAUCUAUUUCCAUACUUAAAUGUGUUACUAUAAGAAUAUUAUUCUAGUAAUGUGUAGGUUAUUAAAUGUUAUAUGUUUCAUCUUAAUAUUGAACAGUCUGCAAAAGACUUAGGAAGUAUAUUGUUUGUGGACUUGA